GAAGAUGGCGGCGCCCGUGGAAGUCUGUCAUGUCGCCUGCUGCGCCAACCGGGCGGGCGGCGGGGUCGUGUCCUGGGGAUCGGGGGGGCUCCUCGCUUUCGGCAGCUGCCACGACGUCAUUCUCUACGAGCCGGCGGCGAGGCGGACGGCCGCCGCCCUCCGCGGCCACGCCGGCAGGGUGAACUGCGUGCGCUGGGUCCGCCGGCGGGACGGGGCUUUUGCAACAGAGUUAAUUUCUGGUGGAUCUGAUAAACAGCUCAUUCUUUGGGAAUGGCACGGAACAGUAACGUGGAAUAAUCAGCUUGUGAAAAGCGUUCCUCUGAAAGGCCAUACUGAAGCUGUGUGUGCUGUGGAUGCUGUCUACCAGUCAGAUGAACCUGAUCUAAACCUGCUGAUAGCUUCUGCAGCUUCUGACUCGACUGUGAGAAUCUGGUCUCGGCGUGGUUCAGAAGCUAAAUGCAUUGAAAUUCUGCAGUUUGGAAAUGGAUUUGUUAUGGAUGUCUGUUUAUCCUUCUUGCCUGGCAGCAAUUUGCCAAUACUGGCUUGCGGUGGUGAUGACUGCAAAAUAAGUUUGUUUAUACAGCAGAAUGAUCAGUUUCAGAAAACGUUAAUACUCCCUGGCCAUGAAGAUUGGAUAAGAGGCAUCGAAUGGGCAGUCUGUGGUGAAGACCUUUUCUUAGCAAGCUGUGCUCAGGAUUGUUUGAUAAGAAUUUGGAAAGUGUGUACAAAAUCAAAACACCUUCCAGAAACUGAAGACGAUUGCAUAAGACUGAAAGAGAACGUUUUUACUGUAAAGGAUACUGAUACAACAUAUGCAAUUACUUUGGAGUCGGUGUUGGCUGGUCAUGAAAACUGGGUGUAUGCAGUUCACUGGCAACCUUCAUUUCCCAAAGAUGGCAGCAUGCAGCAACCAAUGAGGAUAUUGUCUGCGUCAAUGGACAAAACUGUGAUCAUCUGGGAACCUGAUAAGGAAACUGGAGUCUGGCUAGAACAGGUGCGAGUAGGUGAAGUAGGUGGCAAUACCCUUGGAUUUUUUGACUGCCAGUUUAGUCCAGAUGGUUCAAUGGUCGUUGCUCAUGCUUUUCAUGGAGCGCUACAUCUUUGGAAACAGGCUACAGUUAAUAAGAAAGAAUGGACUCCAGAAGUUGUGAUUUCGGGACAUUUUAACAGUGUAGAGGAUGUAAAGUGGGAUCCAGAAGGAGAGUUUAUCGUCAGUGUUGGUUCUGAUCAAACUACUAGACUCUUUGCUCCAUGGAAAAGAAAACAAGAGACAGAGGUAACCUGGCAUGAAAUUGCAAGGCCUCAAGUCCAUGGAUAUGAUAUGCGUUGUCUGGCAAUGAUCGGCCGGUUUCAGUUUGUGUCGGGAGCAGACGAAAAAGUGCUUCGAGUUUUUCGUGCUCCAAAGAACUUUAUAGAAAAUUUCAGUAACAUUGCUGGAAUUCCAAUGGAGAAGCUGUGCUCCCACGAAUCAUCUGAUCUUCCAGAAGGUGCAACUGUGCCAGCUUUGGGAUUAUCCAAUAAAGCUGUUUUUGAAGGAGAUAUGGCUGUCCAACCAGCUGAGGAGGAAGAAACAUUUAAUACCAUUUCGAAUCAGUAUCCUGAGAUUUAUUUUCAACCCUUGAUCCUUACAGAACCUCCCCCCGAGGAUCACUUGCUGCAGAAUACCUUGUGGCCUGAAGUUCAGAAGUUGUAUGGACAUGGAUAUGAAAUUUUUUGUGUUGCUUGCAAUAAUUCAAACACUGUGAUUGCCUCGGCAUGUAAGGCUUCCAAAAAGGAACAUGCAGCAAUUAUUUUGUGGAGCACUAGUUCUUGGAAGAAACUGCAGAGUUUGUCAUUUCACAAUCUGACUGUUACUCAACUGGCAUUUUCUCCUAACGACCAAUUUUUAUUAGCGGUUUCUAGAGACAGGAAUUGGUCACUGUGGAGGAAACAAGACUCAUCGGAGUCAGGACCAGCCUUCAGCUGCUGCGCGUACACAGACAAAAAUACAGCUGUUCACAGUCGAAUCAUUUGGUCUUGUGAUUGGACACCAGAUAGCAAGUAUUUUAUUACUGGCAGUCGGGACAAAAAGGUUGUUAUCUGGGGCCAGUGUGAUUUGUCUGUGACUACUGAAGGGAAUAUGUUGGGUUUAAUCAAACCCUGUUCAACAGUACUGGAUGCUGGGGAUUCUGUCACUGCUGUCAGUAUCAGCCGUGUGCUUACUCCUGAUGGAAGAUAUAUUGUUGCAGUAGGCUUAGAGAAUGGGAAGAUUAUUUUGUACACAUGGAAGCAGAGUGGACAAGAACCAGCUCCAGCUGAUUGGACCACGUGUGUGGAGAUAGAUAACAGCCAAAGUCAUGCUCUUGCUGUGAAACGUUUAUGUUGGAGACAUCACAUGGGCAGAGCUGGACAUAACGAUCAGAACAGCAGCGAGUGGUUGCAGCUUGCAAGUUGUGGAGCUGAUCACUGUGUUAAGAUAUUCAGUGUCAACAGGCUUGCUUUGUAGCAAAGGCAGCAGGCCUGUCUGGACAAAACGAAUUCACAUUUUAUUUCAGCUUUAACCAUUUUGAUUGUUGAAUUUUCUGUCUUCUGCUGCGGAGAGUCAAACAUCUGACAUAUAAUUUAUUAAAGCAACUUUUAUGGUAGUUUGAAAUGUCUAAUUCUGCAGUUCCAGGAAUAUGAAGCAUUUUUUAUGUUUCGGUUGGUCAAUUUCCUGAAACUGACAAAUGGGAGGUGGGGUAGGGCACGGGGGAAUGAUGAGAUGACUUUGUUCACUGUUACUCCAAGUGUGGGAAGCUGCCAGUACUUGGGGGAUUCCGUGCUUGGGAUUGCGAGUGGGGUACUGAAUUGUUUUCAACUCCUUAUUCCUAUUAAACUCAACUGUCAGUUGACUUGCCAACGCUGACACUGUGUGUUUAAGCGUGUGCAGUUAACCAGACAUCAGAGUUAAACAUACAACUUUCUCUCAUUGCCUCUGAAUGUAUGUUACAGUCCUGAUCCAAGUCUUGGACCACCUUACUUUAGAAGGAAUAGUUUGUGUCUGAAUGCUUGGACAGGCCCGCUUGUUUGUUUUUCCUGUCUGUAUUUCUCUUUCUUCUGCUGUGCAGAGUGCUGGGCUCAUGCUGGUUCUUCAUGUGGACCUUAAAUCCUAACUCACAGAGCACUUAUAUCUUCUGGUGUCUUGUCUGUCCUGUGUACCUGUGAGUAUUCUCUGAGCAGUGUCAUAGAAGACCCCCCCCUUACUCUUCCUGAGGGCUGUCCUCUACAGUGUGGGCUGGAAAAGCUGACAAGUAUCAGUAGGCAGGAGCUGAAAGGUGGCAACUAUUUCUUAUACUGCCUUUGGACUCUUCCUGACUUUUGAGUGUUCCUUAUCUAUUCUGGUGUGAAGUCAAACUGGUUAACUUAUUUGUCUGAUUGUCUUGUAUUUUAAAUAGAAUGAUCAUAGACCUCAGCAUGUCUGUCUCCAAUUCUGGAGUCUAAUUAGAAAUCAGUUAAAAUUUCAGAGUGAAAUUAUUUUUGUUCCUGAACAAAUUGCUACCCAAACAGGUAGUGCAGAAAUAAUUGGAAUUGUGCUUAACUUUUACUGUGUUACAACUUUAUCUAAAGAAUACAUUCAUUCAGAAUGGGCCAAAUUCUUUUCAGAAUAAUUAUAGUUUGUUUUAAAGGUUUUUAUAUUUUAGCUUUUUAUUUUCAAUUCUAUUUUUCAGCAUUAAAAAAGUCUUUAAAAUGUAUUAAGGGAAUAAACAUUCAACUUCUUAAUAAAGAUGCUUUGCUACAUUUUA